AUGGUUCAUUUCUCAAAACUCACGGUAGCUCUUGGACUUGUAUUGAGCGUACAUGCUACUCCGAAGACAUACAGCGGCGAAAAGGGGGAUAAGAGACUCGAAGUUCAAGCUCAUAGAGGAGGGCUCGGGUACAGGCCAGAGAGUACCUUGUGGGCAUUUGCAAAGGCUCUUGAGAGUGGUGCCAAUGUCCUGGAAAUGGACACUCCCGUGAUCUGGCACGAUCACCAAAUUGUGGCGUCCAAGUGCAAAGAUACUGAGCCCAAUGCCACAUACGUUGGACAGUUUAUUGCCAACUUGACACUUGCACAAGUGCAGUCCCUUGAUUGUGGAAGCCUGCAACUUGAUCUUCACAAACAAGCAGAACUACAUCCUGGGGCCAAGAUUCCUACUCUUGAGGAGGUUCUUGACUUAGUCGACUGCUACGGCGAUAAGAAUGUUGAAAUUAAUUUGGAGACCAAAAUCGACCCCAUUCGUCCAAACGAGACGUUGGCUCUCGAGAAAUACAUUGAUGAUAUUGUGCCUAUCCUUGAGAGGCGUGGGUGGGCUGAAAGGACUUAUAUCCAGUCUUUUGACUGGCGUACUCUCAUUGGAAUUAAAGAAAAGUUCCCGGAAACUAGGAUUGUUGCGCUUUUAGACGAUACCACAGUCAUCCCUGAGGACCGUGGUGUCUCAGGUUAUCCUUGGUUGGGCGGGAUCAACCUUGACGACUUUAACGGCGACUGGGUCGCCGCUGCAAAGUCCAUUGGGUCUACUGUCUUGUCUCCAGUCCACGGUUAUCCUUCAUCCCAAACCCCCAACACUCCCGGUUACACACCGUUUGUCACCAAGGAUGUUGUCCAGCGGGCACACAAACUUGGGAUGCAAGUCGUCCCUUGGACUGUUGAUUACGAAAUUACUAUUAAGAAGUUGAUUCUUGAUGGUGUCGAUGGUAUCAUCUCCAACUAUCCUGACCGCGUGUUCUACGUCGGCGCCGAGUAUGGAACGGAAGUUGGUAUCAAAACUAACCGCCCCCACCCUCAAUGCCUCAAGAAUGCCAGUAUCAAGAUUUAA